AUGAAUACAACAUCAUCAACUGAUUCUAUCAUAAAUAUUCGUCCAUUUCGAUUCUAUUAUUAUCUAUUAACAUGGAUAAGUGCAUCAAUUGGAAUAGGAUUUCUAUGUUUAAGUUUAACACGUUAUAUUCGUCAUAAAUAUCAACGAACAUAUUUAACAUAUGUUUAUCAUUUUUCCUUAGGAUUUUCAAUACUUUUAUUUCUAAUAAGUACACCAUUACAUACACUAACAGAAUAUUAUUCAUCAUUUAUACCAAUGGUAUCUAGUCAACAACAUCUUCUAUUAUGUAAUUUUGAUAUAAUAACAUUUUUUAUAACAUCAUCUGGUAUUGGUUAUUCAUUAGCAUAUGCUAGUUUAGAACGAACAUUUUUUAUAUUCUAUUCUCAAAAUAUUCAAUUAACAUUAAUCAGACAAUUUACACCAUUUCUAAUUAUAUUUUCUUUCUUAAGUAUAAUAAUAACAUUAUUUGUACUUUUAUCAAAAUGUGCUUUAGAAAUUUCACCUUGUUUAAUAUGUUAUUUUAAUUCAUUUAAAUUUCAAUUUCUAUGGUUUUUAUUACAAUUUUUAAUACCAUUUUUAAUAAUGUUAUUUGCCAUUAUUUUUCUUAUCUAUCGUAUUAAUAUACAUACAAAACGUAUGCGAUCAUCUAUAACUCGUAAACGUUCGAAAAAUAAAUUUCAACGUAUACUUAUUCAUUUAAAUAUUUAUAAUAUUUAUUAUAUGCUAUCAAUAUGUCCAUUGAAUAUCUAUGUAUUCUUACGAUUAUCUAUGAAUAUAAAACAACAAACUAUUGAAAUACUUCUAAUAAAUUAUUCAUUUAUAUCUCUUCAUGGUUAUCCAAUAUUAAUUUUUUUCUUAACAAAAGUUAAACAACCAGUUCGAAUUAAAUAUUUUCAAGAACAAAAACCUGCUCCUUAUAUUAUUGUUACACAUCCUUCAAGUCAUGUAGAUGAAUAUGAACGCACUCGUUUAUAA